CUCCAUGUAAAGAACUUAGCUAAAUAAAAUAUAAAUAGCAAAAUUGCAUAUUACCAUAAGGUUGCUGAAGGAGGCGCAGUGACAAUGCGGUUCACGCUUGGCAUUUGUCUCAUCAUUGGAGCGCUAUUCAGCUACGCUGCUGGCGUUGAUCCAAAUAAUUUCAAGACAUGUGAGCAAAGCAGCUUCUGCAAACGCUCGCGCAAGGUGCAGAGCACGGGCAGCAAGUAUGCAAUUAUACCAGGCACACUCAAUAGCUAUGCGGACUCAUUGACCGCCGAUUUGGUCAACAAGGACAACCAUCAUCAGUUUACAUUUAAACUGGAGGCGUUGAUGGGCAACACCUUCCGUCUGCAGAUCGAUGAAAAGAAUCCACUGCGUCCGCGUUAUCGUGUGGAGCAUGCCCUCAAGGGUAAACCAGCCACAACACAAAUACGCGUGCAGGAGAGUCAAGGUGUGCUUUCCAUAACAGCUGGCAACUCCAAGGCUGUCAUACAUGGUGAUCCAUUCCAUAUUGAAUUUUAUGAAGAUGAUGUGCAUGUUGUGACGGUCAAUGCCAAGAACUGGCUGUACUUUGAGCACCUGCGUCAAAAGGCAGCUGUGCAGACCGAGGGGGCAGAGGGCGCUGAAGCUCAGGAUGCCAAUCCGGACGCGAUACAGCCUCCCGCUGAAACACACGAAGAUCCAGGUGCUUGGGAAGAAAAUUUCAAAUCACAUCAUGACUCCAAGCCAUAUGGUCCCGAGGCUGUUGCGUUAGAUUUCGCAUUCCCCGCCGCAGAGGUACUCUUUGGCAUACCUGAGCAUGCAGAUAGCUUUGUGCUGAAGUCCACCUCAGGCACCGAUCCCUAUCGUUUGUACAAUCUUGAUGUAUUUGAAUAUGUGGUGGACAGCAAAAUGGCUUUAUAUGGCUCUGUGCCAGUGCUCUAUGGUCAUGGAUCGCAACGUACUGCGGGCGUUUACUGGCAAAAUGCUGCCGAGACAUGGGUGGAUAUUCAUACUGCAGAGACCAAUGUGGUCUCUUCGCUAGUCAACUUUGUUUCCGGCACACGCAAAACUCCGCCGCCAUCGGCUCAUUUCAUGUCCGAAUCCGGCAUUGUGGAUGCCUUUAUUAUGCUGGGCCCCAAGCCAAUUGAUGUGUUUAAACAAUAUGCUGGACUAACCGGUACACACGAGUUGCCGCAACUCUUUGCACUGGCUUAUCAUCAGUCACGUUGGAAUUAUAACGACGAGCGCGAUGUGGCCACCGUAUCGGCCAAGUUUGAUGAAUUUAAUAUGCCCAUGGAUACCAUGUGGCUGGACAUUGAGUAUACCGAUGGCAAACGUUACUUUACCUGGGAUAAAUUCAAGUUCCCCGACUCGCUGGCCAUGGUAAAGAACCUCACUGAUUUGGGCCGCCAUCUGGUGGUCAUCAUUGACCCGCAUAUCAAACGUGACAAUGCGUAUUUCUUCCACAAUGAUUGCACGGAGCAGGGCUACUAUAUAAAGACGCGUGACGGCAACGACUAUGAGGGCUGGUGCUGGCCCGGCUCGGCCAGCUAUCCAGACUUUUUCAAUCCCGUUGUGCGUGAGUACUACGCGAGCCAGUACGAGCUGUCCAAGUUUAAAACUGUCACCGCCGAUGUGAUGCUCUGGAAUGACAUGAACGAGCCAUCUGUGUUUAAUGGCCCUGAGGUGACGGCGCCCAAGGAUUUGGUGCAUUUUGGCAACUGGGAGCAUCGCGAUGUGCACAACUUGUAUGGACAUAUGCACAUUAUGGGCACCUUUGCGGGUCUACUAAAACGUGAUCCCAAUCAGCGUCCGUUUAUUUUGACGCGCUCACAUUUCGCUGGCUCGCAACGUUAUGCAGCGAUCUGGACGGGUGACAAUCUGGCCGACUGGGCGCAUCUGCAGCAUUCGAUUAAGAUGUGCUUGACCGAGGCGGUGGCUGGCUUCUCGUUCUGUGGCGCCGAUGUCGGCGGCUUCUUCGGCAAUCCCGAGGCCGAGCUGCUGGAGCGUUGGUAUCAAACCGGCAUCUUUUUGCCGUUCUUCCGUGCGCAUGCGCACAUCGACACCAAGCGUCGUGAGCCGUGGCUCUUCCCCGAGCGCACGCGCCAGAUUAUCCGCAGUGCCUUGCUUAAGCGUUAUAGCUACUUGCCCUUGUGGUACACAAGCUUCUAUGAGCUAGAGAAGACGGGCGCGCCUGUCAUACGCCCAAUGCUCACACAUUACCCGCACGACAAGGAGGCAUUUGGCAUUGACAGUCAGUUGCUGGUGCAGCAGCGUCUGCUGGUGCGUCCUGUCAUGCAGCAGGGCGUCAGCAAGGUUGAUGUCUACUUCCCGGCCAUUGAUGAUAAGAAGAAUGGCGACUACUGGUAUGACGUGGAUACAUUUGAGCGACAGGAGCGUGCUGGCUACGUCAGCGUGCCCGUCACCGAAUAUAAGAUACCCGUUUGGCAGCGCGGCGGCAGCAUUGUGCCCAAGAAGGAGCGUUUGCGUCGCUCUGCUCCGCUCAUGUUGCAUGAUCCCUACACGCUUAUUGUCUGCUUGGAUCGUCACGGCAAAGCCGACGGCACGCUCUACUUGGACGAUGAGAAAUCCUAUAAGUAUCGCGACGGUGAACACAUCUAUGUGAACUAUGAGUUCGAACAGAAUCAGUUGAGAAACAAUUUCAUUGGCAAGCCCAAAUACAAGUCAAAUGCUUGGAUUGAGCGCGUCGUCAUUGCGGGACUGCAGCUUGUGCCCAAGAGCGCCACCAUUACCGUCAAUGGCGUCAGCCAGCAGCUGGAGGUGGAGCAGCAAGGCAAUGCUGUGAUUGUGCGCAAGCCAGGCGUCAAAAUGGACGUGGACUUUGCUCUCAAACUCAACUAUUAGCUUUCGUUUUUAAGUAUUUCAAGUUGCAAAUUACAAAUUACAACAACAAACUAAAAACUAAAAACAAAUUCCAUUUGGCAAAGCAAGUAGUAUGUUUAGUUGUAAGCCUCACCACACUUUAAUUUUCAUUUUGUCUGUUUAGUUUGAUGUUUGCUUAAAUAUAUAAACUUGUAAAAUAUUUGGCAAGCACUAGCAAUAAAUUCCAAAUCAAUGCAAUUCAUGCAGAUCUGCAACAUGAAUUAAAUAAAUAUAGAAUUUUAUCAAAUA